UCUAACAACACAUCACACGUAUUCUCCCACGCAUGACUCGUAGAUAUUCCCAUUGUCGUUUCAAGCCCCCCUCUCCAUUGUUUCUUCCGUUCUCUUCAACCCCAUUUCCCCCAAAAUUCUCCCUAUUUCAACUUCUUCCAAUUGCUGCCUUCACGUUCCCGGUCUACAAGGUAACGAGCGAAGAAAAUGGCGAGUAGGGUAGACCAUGAAUACGAUUACUUAUUCAAGAUCGUGUUGAUAGGUGAUUCAGGUGUUGGGAAAUCCAACAUUUUAUCGAGGUUUACGAGGAAUGAGUUCUGUUUGGAGUCCAAAUCCACCAUUGGAGUUGAGUUUGCUACGAGAACUAUAGAGGUCGACGGAAAGACGAUAAAGGCUCAAAUUUGGGACACGGCGGGGCAAGAGAGGUACAGGGCAAUCACGAGUGCCUACUACCGAGGCGCCGUCGGAGCUCUUCUGGUGUACGACAUAACAAAAAGACCAACCUUCGGCAACCUCCAAAGGUGGUUGCGUGAGCUCAGGGAACACGCCGACGGUAAUAUUGUUCUGAUGUUGGCCGGAAACAAGUCGGAUCUGAACCAUCUGAGAUCGGUGGCUGAGGAAGAUGGUCAAUGUCUUGCUGAAAAAGAAGGGCUUUCGUUUCUGGAAACAUCGGCACUUGAAUCGUAUAAUAUUGAGAAAGCUUUUCAUACGCUUUUGACGGAUGUAUAUCGGAUUGUUAGUAAGAAAGCGUUGGCGGCGAAAGAAGCGGCGAUGGGCUUACCGGGAAAUGGAACCACCAUUGAUGUUGGUGAUGCGUUGGGGAACACAAAGAGAGGUUGUUGCUCUUCUUGAGCGCCAUGUUUGGUGAAGUAAAGAUUUGGUAGCAAAGCACAUAUGUGAUUUGUAUUGCAUUUUUUUUAAUCUUUGAUGAGGUCUUUAUAGAAUAAUGUUUUUGAAGAAAUGUUAUUGUGAGAUUAUUGACAUGCAAUUACGCACCUAAAAUAUCUGUGCUCGUUGUCCCGGUUUGUACAUGUAAUUUACACUCAACUUGUUUAUCAAACCAAGAUCUUGUUAUAUUA